GCUCUACAGGUAUAUCAUGGAAGGGCAAGUUCAGGCCUAGGCCUAGCACCCGUCUCAUUGGGGAAUGGAAGUUGGUAAAUUGCGCUGUUGAUACAUCAGAUAACGCGACUCUAUCAUUUGCCGGAGGGGGAAGCAUCGUACCGGACAAGAAAAAGAUAAAAAUGGAAGCCACGAAUGUAUUCAAUAUAACAAACCUAACUUUGGAUGAUCAAGGAAAGUACACCUGCAAAGUUUGCAACAAAGAAAGGACCACACGCUUAUACAUUCAUGGAGGUAAAACAUUAACUACAAUAUUGCAUGGUUACCUAUUGUGAAACUAUAGAGUAGAUGUGAUUAGCAUGAUACUGUAAUAUACGCCCUUCUGGAACUCCAAAUUCACUCAACUGCUCGUGGCAAAAUGAACAUUAUUUAUCAUAACCCCACAUGGCUAUUAGAGUCGUAAUAUAUUAGAAUCGAAGUAUCGAACAUUAUACAAUACAAAUCUCAUCCACCAUGCAACUACACCCAGAUAAAGGAAUUCAAAGCAAUGCGGAGUGCAAACUUAAAUAUCGUGACAAUCGUCUAUUAUAUUGGUAUGGGGUGCACGUAGAGCUGAACGCUGGACCCUGAACUAGACCAAACCUAUUUUUAUAGUGAAUAACAUGUAUAUAUGUAUGUUAAUUUGCCAAGAAAUACUUUAAUUCUUCUAUAUAUAAUAACUUUAAGUCUUCUGUGGCAAAGAUAAAUUGGAAAAUAACUAGGGGUCGGUAUAGUUGUUUAAUUAAUGAUGAAAUUGUGAUUCUUGAAUCUCGUUUAGGAAUUAAUGCUUAUUUAAAAGCUUUCGUAAUAAAGGAACCAGAUGAAACACUGUACGAUAUUAAUAGCAAAGUGAAAUUAAUAUGCACAUUUGGCAAGAACAAACAAAAAAGAAGCAAGGACUACUUUGAACUAGCAUGGUACAAACUUGCUUCAGAUGGACAAAGAGAACCGAAACCACUUAAGGUCCAAAAACUUGAGGAGGGGCUACAUCUUUUGCUUGGUCCACUGACCCAGGAAUCAGAGGGAACUUACGAGUGUGCAGUAACACGACCUAAAGUCAACCAUUACGAUUUUAAAUUGGUUAGGAUAAAGCUUAAAGGUAGGCCUAAUGUGUAAAAUAAUAUUAUUUAUAAUAAAUCUUUAUACAAACAUCGCUGGAACCAAUUAAUAACAAUUUGCAUGCACGCAUGCUUGAACUGAGCCGGUUGAGAUUUAAGUCCGACGAACGUCCAGUUAAUAAAAUGUCUUAUAUUAUAACUGACAUGUCUCAUGUUAUUGAAAUGACUAAUUUUCCUUAUUUAUCGAUAAAAUUAUGAUUAGAUAUUUCUAGUUAGUCAAUAUGGUGCACCCACGAAAAACGAACAUCGAGACUUGGGCUAGAUUUAACUCAUCAAUACCUGCUGCAGCUUCUUGCGGCAAUGCUAUAUUCUCGUGGUGGAGACAUUUUCACUCGGUCACUCGUACACGACCAAAUUAAAGGGAGGCAUUUCAUUGGCUCUUCGUAUAAUUGCUAUUUAUACCAAAGGUUGAGCAGUUUUCGCUGGAAAAAUUACUCUUACUAUCGUCAUGUUAUGUCAACACAAAUACUUCGAUUUCAUAGUCUGUAAAGUUCGCACGGACCCAUGAGGCCCUGAGAAGCAGGGGGAAACAAAACGAUGCUAUUGAAUAAUUGCUUCUAUAAUUAUACCAAAAAUUCAUUGUGUACAAGUGUGCAUAAGCAUAUGGAAAAGAAUGCAUGAACAAAGAAUUUAGCCGAGCUUCCAGACCACAUCGUGAUUGACUUCACUCUCUCUAUAUAUGAAUGUUUCAGUUAGUCUGUUACUAAAAAUCUACCCGAUAAUUUUUUUAUGUAGAUCGUUUCACACCCAAAAUUCAUGUCCUAAAUUACAAUCCUGUGUUUGUUGGAAAAGAAACAGAAAAUUUUUCAUUAUCGUACAACGUAUCAUCUCACACAGCGUGUAACAUUACAUGGUGGAAAUCUAAAGAUGGAUUAAAGUAUCAGUUGAUAACUCGGUGUUUGGUGACUGCCCAAAGGUGCGAAAAACCAGACAAAGGGAACGAGAAUAUUACGAAAACAAGUUUUGAAAUUAAAGACCUCAAAUUUCCUCAAGAUAACCUGUUCUACAAAUUGGUUGCAGCAAACGACAAAGGGAACAAUUCGAAAACUUUCCAAAUACAAGUCCUAGGUAAGGCGAAUGAAUGUCCAAAUAGCAAAUUUUAACGACCCGUUUUAAAAACGAAAACAACUGAAAUGUUUGUAAUUAUAGAAAAAAGGUACGUGUCAUAUGCUCUCUUCAUCUUGACUCAGCGGUAAUAUUAAUAAGUGAGUACCGGCAAUCCCAUGUUCUAUUAGGGACCGGUCAUUAUUUAUGGCGGGGGUGGCACCGAAGAGAAAUGUUUUUCGUGUCAAGUAUUUUGGUGACCCAACUACUAAAUUAAAAAGUAAAAAAAUUGAUUACCC